UGGACACGCAUGCGUCUGUGCUUUGCUCCGGUGAUGGGUUCCUGGCGUGUUUGGAGUUGGGUCUCUGGGACCUGGCGUCCCGGGCUGGAGGUUGGCGCACGGCGGAGAGAUGCAGACUUCGGCACCGAGGCCCGACGUGGGCCUCAACCUCAAGGUUCCAGCAAGCGCAAGAACCCAGUGGAGGACCAGCCCUUCCCGGGGCUUCUGCGGACAGAGAACCUCGGCCCGGAGGAGCUGGCUGAAGUGCUGAGGGCAGCUGUGGUGGAUCAGAAAGGACCUCUGGUGACACUGAACAAGCCACAGGGUCUGCCUGUGACAGGGAGACCUGGGGAGCUGACAUUAGUUUCUGUACUGCCACAGCUGAGCCAGGCCCUGGGGCUCGGACACCGGGAGCUCCAGGUUGUGCGAGCGCCUGGAAAGGAGGCCUCUGGACUUGUGCUCCUCUCCAGCUGUCCCCAGACAGCUAGCCACUUGCAGAAGUUCUUCGUCCACUCAAGGAGAACCCGGAGACCCACAGCCACCUACUGUGCCAUCACUGAUGGCAUCCCUGAGCCUUCUGAGGGGACUGUCCACGUGGCUCUGAAGCUGGAACGCAUGGAUGGCGUUGAUCUUGCAAUCCCGGUGACAGCGCCAUCACGAAAGGACAUCCUAGAAGGUGUCAAGAGGACCCUCAGCCAUUUCCAUGUGAUGGCCACAGGCUGUGGCUGUGCCCUGGUCCAGCUGCAGCCACUGACAGUGUUCCCCAGUCAGCUGCAGGUGCACAUGGCCCUCCAGCUCUGCCCAGUGCUUGGGGACCAUACCUAUGCUGCUCGAGUGGGCACCGUCCUGGGCCAGCGCUUUCUGUGGCCAGCCGAGACCACCAAGCCCCAGACACAGGUCCUGGAUGAAGCUCUCCUCAGACGCCUCCACCUGCGUCCUUCCCAGGUGGCCCAGAUGCCCCUGCAUCUGCACCUGCACCGCCUCCUCCUCCCGGGCCCCAGAUCCAGGGACCCGCCCAGGGAACUUCUGGCACCCCUGCCCUCCUACUUCUCUCGGUCCCUGCGGUGCCUACGGCUCUCCCAUCAGACAGUGCUUGACCCCCAACUGGAAGACGGAAGAGGAAGGGCCGUGACCCAGCUCAGGGACAGUGGGGUUGGUGCUGAGCACAGUCAAGGUCCUAAGAUCAAAUCUCCUUAGGCCACUUGCUUGCUGGGCAGCGCUGGGCAGGUGACUUCUCUCUGGACUUAAAAUAAAAGUCCUACCUCACAAGCC